GCAUGAUUUUACAUGAAAGACUGGUUCAAAGACUGGUUCUGAUUGAAGGUUGGUAGGAGGAGAAACAUGUGCCGAGCGCGAAAAAGAGGACGCAAUGCUUGUUUCGGAAAAACGAAAAAACACCAACAGGUAUCUCAGGAACCGUUCCGGCAUCGUCUAGCAUCGUCUGACAUUGUUUUCAUAGAAACACCGUCAACUUUGCACCGCGGUGCAGAUGGCCGGUGCGAUGGCGACAAAAGAUGCGGCUUGGCAUGGAAAUUUGAUUUUCGAUGCGGACCUGCACGAUUCUCGUGCGGUGAACAACUGUAGCCGCAGAAAAGAACAAAACCCGCAACAAACCAAGUGCCAAUUUCCUCGAGGAACACACAUUGAUUUGCGGUCGACGAGUGUCCCGGAUGCAACGAUUGUUCUGGGCAAAGCAAAGGCAGUGUCGUAGCAAAUCAGUACUGUGGAUGUAACGGACGAACGAGAGCAAGAAGUCGGCACUGCAGAUACAACAAAGCAAUGCAAUGCAAUCCACUACAAAACAGCAAUCCGACAACGCCACUGUGUCGCAUGACAAAUAGAUAGAUCAUCGCGGAGUAUCGCGGGGGGGAUGCCUUCCGUCGAGUUGCGUCCUUCCCGCCACCGACGGCAACAGUCACGGGUUCACCCCACCGUAGGUUUGUCUUGCCGGUCCGUCCGCACCCUUGUACACUGCCGGUCUGCGCACUUGCACGCUACGGUGUAGCAUGCCAAACCACUAUGGUGGCUUUGGGAAUGUGUUCGUGGCACCGAGCAAGAAGAUCGGCAUUUGGUAGAAGAGCACCGCGUGGUUUUUGAUUGAUUCGACUUGAAGCGUGUGCACGGUGUUUCUUUUCGCAGAUCCAGGUUUUCAUGUACCUUUAUAAUUUUUUGGGAUUGCUGUUUCGACUGAUUGGACUGUAGUGGACACGGUCACUCGAUCGCCCCGUGGAGGAAACCCAAAGCCGUCUCAGGGGAAUGGAUGGUUCGAUCGGGAAAAUCCUUGGCUAUUCAAAAUAACUUGCAUAAAACUUAUAUUGACGAAACCGAGGAAUAGGCAUUGCAUCAUGAAAAAAUAUAUGAAGAGAGUGCACCAUUCUGUGUGCCAGAAUGGCGGAACGAUGAAGUUGUCUGAUGUGGAGAGACCCGGUGGAAUGAAAGGAAUGACCAUGAAGCAGAUAUUUGAGGAACACGGAAAGUCUUAUUUCACGCUUCAGAUCAUUGGCGAGGGAGAUUCUUCCGCGUGUUUUAUACACGCAAAGAAAGACCGAUCUGCUUUCGGAAAGACUUUCAUAGUAGGAGAAAAGACAAUUUGUUACUAUGUCAAGGAGCCAUCAAAGCUGGCAAGUGCUCUGGACCGUCUCUUCGCGGAUAUCGAGUGUGUUGUUUCCGUUGAUUGCGAAGGUGUGCCCGAAAGUCUGGAGCUUCUUCAGAUUGCAACGGGUAGCUCGGUUUACAUCUUCGAUUGCCAUCAAAUCGGCGCAGAACAGGUGUGCCAAGGUCUCAAGAGUCUCUUGGAAAACGAAACGCCAGUCAAACUGAUUCACGAUCUACGCAAUGAUGCAAUUGCGCUCGAAGCGUUUGGCGGUAUCAAACUUUCUGGUGCCCUCGAUACACAGCUCUUGGCCGAGUUAUUCUGCGGAUCGCCCUUCGAGGGCUUUAAUGCGUUUUUGUCUCGACUCGAUCUUCCAAAACACCCAAGCAAGGACUUUGUCCACGGAAGAAUGAACAGCGGAAUCAAUCUCUGGGAUAAGCGUCCCAUUGCCCAAACCUCUCUCGAGUACGCUGCAAUGGAUGUCGCCUUUCUUCAGAAUGCGGCGGAACGAAUCCAAGAAAUUCUGGCACCAAACCAUUUGGAUAAGUUGAUCCAUGCUUCCAGUAUCCGGGCCCAAAAUGCGAUAAAGAACAAAGGUUAUAGAGCCAUUUGUUUCGACAAGGAGAACACGUUCGCAAUCGCAAGCACUGAAUUGAUGAUGGCAACCCGGCCCAAGGACGGAUUUUUUGGAGAAAAACUGAAAAUCGAAAGCGAUGUGGACGAGAUUUUCGAUGUUCUCCCAUCCGUCUACAAUAAAAUUUUUGUUGAUUCAGAAAAGAAAAACCACAGUCUCUUGGGUAUCUUCACCAGGAGCAGUCCAACUUCGAAGCGAGCAAAGGAGGAUUUGAUCCCGAUCGAACUUUUGAAUGACAUUGUCCUCGACAUUGGGCGCCGUGCCCUUUGCUGGAUCGAUGGUUCGCGUGUUCAUCUCUGCGACGACGAAGACAAAGUCGUCACCCAAGGGGAGAUCGAAGAGAUCACGGCGAGGUUGGGAACCUUCGGGUCCGACAACCGUGCCGGAUUAGACGUGGGAAUCACUCGAAAGAUGGGUUCGCUCCAUCGUUUUUCGGCCAUGCGCGAUCGAGACGGUCAGAUCAUUGGUAUGACCAUUCGGAUUGGUCGUAACGUUCUCGGCAACGCGGCGAUGCUCAUGGACGUACUAAACCACACCAACAUGUCGGUUCUCAUUCUCGGUGAGCCGGGAUCGGGAAAGACAACGAUCGUGCGCGAGGCUACCCGGAUGUUGGCCCAAGACAAAAACGUCAUCGUGGUAGACACCUCCAACGAGAUUGCCGGAGACGGAAAGACUCCACACAGAUGCAUCGGACUGGCGCGACGCAUGAUGGUCCCUUCGCUCGACAAGCAGAGCGCCGUUAUGAUCGAGUGCGUACAAAAUCACACACCGCACGUGAUGGUCAUUGACGAAAUCGGUCGACCGAAGGAAGUCCAGGCCGCGAGCACGGUAAAACAGAGGGGCGUUCGGUUGAUAGCAUCCGCCCAUGGAAACCUCCGCGGGUUGCUAAAAAACAAGGACCUCAAUGGUUUGGUGGGGGGUCAGGAAAGAAUUACUAUUGGUGACGAAAUGGCCAAGGAAGAGGCAAAACGGAAAAAAAAGUUGGCUCUCGACCAAGGCGGCAACUAUCGCCCCGUGGGAAUCUCCAAGACACAGACGAAACGAAGAAGUGACCCUACAUUCGAAAUCAUUGUAGAGGUAAGCCGGGAGUCGCGCAACGAGUGGAGAAUUGUCACAAACAGUGCCAAAGCGGUAGACAGAAUCUUGGAUGGUUUUCAAUACCAAUGCCAGCUUCGUAAACGAGAUCCCGCAACAGGAGAGAUGUGGAUGGAGUUUGGUCACGCAUAGAAUUUCAGAGUAACACAGUAUUUCGAUUCAUAUUCUCGCUCGACGAGGCAGUUCUUCCCAGUAAAAGAUAAUAUAACGC